GUGGAGGCUCGGGGCGUCGCAGAGAGCCGCGUGCCCGCGCGCCGGGGGGACGACCGCGGGAGCGGGAGCGCGGUGUCCAGGCCCUGUCCUGGAUGAAGGCAUCUUUCCAGACAUGCCUGCCCAUGUAAUGUAAAAACUUCAAUGGUUGCCUCCCUCUAUAAAGAUACUAACUAUAAAGCCUCAUGGUGGAACAUCUGUCUGACCCAUUCAAAGGAAGGAUGAAAAAAGGUCUACAUAGAAACACGAUGUGAAUGGAAGAGACCAGCCACUGUUGGCCUGGAGCUUACAGAAAGCCUACUACAUCAGCCUCCCGAGUGCUGGGUUUGAAGAUGCAAGUAGUACAGCACUCUGAACAUACACUGAAAACAGCUCUCAUCUCCAAGAACCCAGUGCUUGUGUCCCAGUAUGAGAAAUUAACUGUUGGGGAACAGCGUUUAAUGAAUGAAGCCUUCCAGCCAACCAGUGAACUCUUUAGACCCAUUACUGUAUAUUCCCAGUCAGAUUGGAUCACUUCUCACCCUGAGGCCCCCCAAGACUUUGAAAAGUUUUUCAGUGAUCCCUACAGGAAGGCACCCACUCCAGAGAAAAGCAAUAUUUAUAUACAGCCCAUUGGAUCUCUAGGAAACUCCCGAGUCAUCAGUGAAGAAUAUGUUAAAUGGCUUAAGGGCUACUGCGAAGCAUUUUUCUAUGGCUUGACAGUAAAAUUCCUAGAACCAGUUUCUAUUUCUGCAACGAAAUGUUCCUUUAGAGUGAAUGAUCACACACAAAAUCUACAGAUUCAUGCAGGGCAUAUCCUGACAUUCUUGAAGAAGAAGAAACCUGAGGAUGCCUUCUGUGUUGUGGGGAUAACAAUGAUUGAUCUUUACCCAAGAGACUCCUGGAAUUUUGUCUUUGGACAGGCGUCUUUAACAGAAGGUGUGGGGAUAUUCAGCUUCGCCAGGUAUGGCAAGGAUUUCCACAGCUCAUGCUACAAGGGCACAGUGACGAAGGCCAAGAGAACAUCCUCCAGCGAAUAUUCCAUUUUUGAUAACUAUUAUAUUCCUGAAAUCACUAGUGUUUUGCUGCUGCGAUCCUGUAAGACUUUAACACAUGAAAUCGGACACAUAUUUGGACUGCGACAUUGCCAAUGGCUGGCCUGCCUGAUGCAAGGCUCCAAUCACUUGGAGGAAGCUGACCGGCGCCCUCUGAACCUGUGUCCUAUCUGUUUACGCAAGCUGCAGUGUGCCCUUGGCUUCGACGUUGUAGAAAGAUACAAAGCACUGUUGAGGUGGCUAGAUGAUGAAUGCAAGGACACACCAAGAGCCACUCCAGAACAUAGCUAUGAGGAUUUGAACCUGACAAAACCCGUGGAAGCCUUUCAGGAAUGGAAAGAGUGGAUAUUAAAAUGCCUUGCUGUUCUCCAAAAAGAAGGACCUUAAGAUAGGAGUAACUAAAAUAAAUACUUGCAUGUCA